AUGAAUAAUGCAGAUCAGGCGGUGUCCCGGACCCGGAAGUGGAGUUGCCGAGUCACCGCAGUGGCUGAGCUGCUGACAGGAGGCGGCGGCGGAGGAGGAGGAGGCGAGGCAAGACCUGCGGCUCGGCCCGACCCGGCCCCGGCCGCGGUAGCUCUCAGCAAACCCACGGAGUCACGCCGGCCUCGACCAGCCAGCGAGCCUCUCGCCCCGCGCCCCGCGCCCCGCGCCCCGCGUCCCGCGCCCAGCCCUCGAUCUGCUCCGCAGUCUUAUUACGCCCGACUCGUCCGGGGCGGCCUAGCCUGCACCACCUCGCCGGCUCCUGGGGCCACCGCCCCGCGCGGUCCCGUCGGCGUCCCCGGCUGCGCCCGGCCCCCGACCCGCUCGCCCGCCGGCAUCAUGAUGGAGGAGAUCGACCGGUUCCAGGUGCCCACCGCGCACUCGGAAAUGCAGCCGCUGGACCCAGCCGCCACCUCCAUCUCAGACGGGGACUGUGAUGCCCGGGAGGGUGAGUCAGUAGCCAUGAAUUACAAACCAUCCCCGCUCCAAGUAAAGCUGGAGAAGCAGCGGGAACUAGCCCGGAAGGGCUCGCUGAAGAAUGGCAGCAUGGGUAGCCCCGUCAACCAGCAACCCAAGAAGAACAAUGUGAUGGCCCGGACAAGGCUUGUCGUCCCCAAUAAAGGCUACUCCUCGCUUGACCAGAGCCCAGACGAGAAGCCACUGGUAGCACUUGACACGGACAGUGAUGAUGACUUUGACAUGUCCAGAUAUUCCUCCUCUGGCUACUCCUCUGCUGAGCAGAUCAAUCAAGAUUUGAACAUCCAGCUGCUGAAGGACGGCUACCGGUUAGACGAGAUCCCUGACGACGAGGACCUGGACCUCAUCCCCCCCAAGUCUGUGAACCCCACCUGCAUGUGCUGCCAGGCCACAUCCUCCACCGCCUGCCAUAUUCAGUAGCGGGUGGGGCCGCUGCGGGCAUCGGGGCAGGGCCGCUGUGGGCCAGGUUGGCCAGGGCAGGGGCCGACCCCUCCCCAGCUCCUCCGCCUGCCCCCCGGCCCCACACCCCUACAGCCGCCAACCUUGUAACAGUCAUUGCUUCCUCCUAUGGUAGGACGUGUACCUCUGUGUGUUCAUGGAGCCGGAGAAACCAGAACCGGGUCUCUUUCCACCCCAGGGGCUGAGGAAGGAUGGGAGCUGUUGGUUCAGUUACUUGGGGGCCCUUGCCCGACACCCAGUGACCAGGCCCCAGCCCCUUCCCCAAACUGCACGACCAGUGGGGAAGUGGGGGCACUGGACUGCAGGGAGGCCAACAGGAGUCUAGCCAGAGGCUCGACCCCAGCCAGCAAAGCCAUGAACCUCCCCUCACCCCACCCUGCCCGCAACCCCUCUGACUAGGAAAGGGAGACCACAAGCAAGGAGAAAGGCAGCAGGACGGUGGGAAACGAGCCCUGCACCUGGGACGCGCCCCCUGCCGGCCCAUGCCCCCAUUUGCAUUUUUCCCCCUCAGCUCCAGAUGGGAAGCCUGGCCAAGUUCCCCAGCUGGGUGGAUAUUAGCAGUCCUCUUUGUCUUUUUCACCCUCUUCCUUGCUCUGGGUUUAUGGGGAAGGUGAGGUGGGCCUUAGAGACUGGUCUGAGUUUGGGGGUGUUGUCAUCUGUCCUCAUCAGCCCCCAGUGCACCUGCCCCCCUGCCACCCUCUGCAGUCCCCUCCAGUCCCUUAGUCUUUGUCCCAGGCUGUAAGCUGGAGGUAAAGCUGGCCUCGAGUGCCCCACCCCACCUCACUCUAGCCCACGCUCCCCAGGCUGCCUCCCAGCAAGGCUCUUCAAGGAAACGAGCUUAGAAUACAGUGGCCACAGGCAUGUCGUGGCAGAGUUGGGCAGACUGUACCUGCGGCUGGCAGGGUACGAGUACCUGUGUGCCCUGGGUGUGUCUCCCAAUGUCUGUCGCUGUCAGAGAUGUGUCCACAAUGCGGGCACAUCUGUGUUGUGGCUGUGUUGCCUGCUGACACUGAGAGGCAGCUCAACCCCACAAUGGACUGAGAGCCCUGGGCUGUGAGCCAGAGCCUCGGUUCUAAUCCGAGCUCUGGCCUCUCCUUGGAAUCUUUAACGAGCCACUUGUGCUCUCCAGACUCCAGUCUCCUUAACCUUAAAAAGAGCAGCAGCUGACACCAUUUUUAAGGCUGUUUCCAGCUUAAAGGAAUAUCUUCAUAGGAAUUUCUGUGGUGGUGUAAGGGGAGGCCUCUGUAUGUCUGAGUAUAACUGGGGGGGGGGGGGAGUCUCCCUAGGGUGAAUAGCUGUGUGGAAAGGAGAGGGGUAGGUCGCAGUGGGGCUUUUGUCUGUGUGAGUAUGUACAGAUAUAUUUGGCAAUGGUGAGCACGUUAUUGAUAGACUAUGUAUCAAUAGUUUCAUGGGGUGUCUGUGAGUCACGAUGCGUGUACCACUGCUUCUGCUGGAGUGGGGGGGUGUACCACAAAAGUUAGGGGUAAAAGUUAAAAGAGGGUGCAACAAAACCCCCCUUGAGGCUGAGCAAUAUAGACCUGCCCACAAGUGAAGAAAAACAGAAGCACAGAGAGCUCAGGCUGCUUGGGACCACGCUCCACAGACCCAUGCCCAGGCCCAGGGGGUGCACCCCCAUGCCUCCACAUUGGCCCACGCCACACGCGCUGCUCCAUCCACUCAUGCAAACCACUCCUGUGCUGCCCACCUGCAGAGGACACAGCCACAGCCCACUCCCUGGAUGUCUGUCCCGUCAGGUGGGUGCUGGAAAGAGAAGGGUAGCGACAGAGGAAACAACGCCGCUGACCUGAGAGAGGUGUAGCCCUCUCCCUGCGCCUCACUAGGGUCUGCCAACUCCAGAGUGUUGGGGUGCAGCUCUCCAUCCUCAAGUCCUCUACCCACCCCUACUGCCUUGAGUGCAGGGAGCCUGAGUAGAUAGCCCACUGGGAGCCAAGGACAGAGGAGGUAACAUUGGGGUCCAUGAGGCCCAUUGCGAGCCUGUCUCUCCCACCUGCUUUGCAUCACCACCCCUGCGCUCCAGAGCCAAGCUGCUCUCCAGUAAAACCACCGUGGGCUCCAAGAUUCACCCUCUGAGAACACAGGAAGCUCCACUCUUCCAAGCAGGGCUCCUUUAGACAGCUACCUUUGCUGCCGCUGUGUGACUCUGGCCCCACCCCUCAACCUCUUUGUCCCUGAGGAACCAGGGACAAGCCCCAUCCCCGCCAGAUAAACCUAGUGUUCUGGCAGGCAAGGACUUCAAGUGAAGCAGUGUAAAUAUUUGUGGAGAGAGGGGGGAGGUGGGCAGCUAGCACUUUCUGGGCCUAGGGAGAGUGUGUGGCUCCCUCUCCCCUGUCUGGGAGGUUGGAGGGGAAGAAUCAGGCCUUAGCUUGCCCCCCACACACACACCCCUGCCGCCAUCCUUCCCCUUGUAGAUACUGCCUUAACACUCCCCCUCGCCCCCCCCCCCCCCCCCCCGCCCCAGCGCUGGCUGCCACCCAGCCAGGUUUCUCCGCGCUCACUAAUUUAUUUCCAGAAAGGUGUGUGGAAGACAUGAGCCGUGUAUAAUAUUUUUUUUUAACAUUCCCAUUGCAGUAUUGACCAUCGUCCUUGGUUGUGUAUCGUGUAACACAAAUAAUGAUAUUAAAAGCAUCAAACAA